CGACGGACCUUCGGUAAACAAACAUGGCUGCUCAUCAGAAGCAGACCAGCAGCGGCGGCGGUCAUACACCUCGUAAGAAAGUUCAGGUAUCCUACGUCAUCAGAGAUGUGGUUGAGAGGCAACAUCGAUCCGGUGUCAACUCUCUCCAGUAUGACCCCUAUCUUAACCGGCUGUACUCUGCAGGCCGCGACUCAGUCAUCCGCAUCUGGAACACGCGUAAUCUUGAGGACCCCUACAUUCAGUCCAUGGAGCAUCAUACAGAUUGGGUCAAUGAUGUUGUGCUAUGUUGCGGUGGCAAAAACUUGAUAUCCGCCUCUAGUGACACAACUGUCAAGGUCUGGAACGCCUACAAAGGUUUCUGCAUGUCCACACUCCGUACACACAAGGAUUAUGUGAAAGCCCUAGCCUAUGCGAAAGACAGAGAACGAGUUGCUUCAGCAGGUCUUGAUCGAGUAAUCUUCCUCUGGGAUGUCAAUGUCCUGACCGCCCUAACUGCGUCCAACAACACGGUGACCACAUCUUCACUGACAGACAACAAGGACAGCAUCUACAGCCUGGCGAUGAACCCACCGGGCACGGUGAUUGUUUCGGGAUCCACUGAGAAAGUGAUCCGUGUUUGGGACCCCAGGACAUGCCAGAAGAUGCCGAAACUCAAGGGUCAUACAGACAAUGUCAAAGCACUUGUUCUCAAUCGGGAGGGCACACAGUGCCUGUCUGGUAGCUCAGAUGGGACAAUUCGGCUGUGGUCGCUGGGGCAGCAGCGGUGCGUAGCCACGAUACGAGUUCACGACGAAGGCGUUUGGGCGCUGCAAGUGAAUGAAAGCUUCACGACUGUGUUUUCCGGUGGUCGAGAUCGAAAGAUAUUUAUGACUGACUUGAGGAACCCCGACAAUCGUGCACUUGUCUGCGAGGAGACCGCACCAGUUCUCAAAAUGACCCUCUGCAAUGAUACUUCAUCCUUAUGGGUUGCCACUACUGACUCUACCAUCAAAAAUUGGCCUGUGAACAACCGGUGCUCACAGCUGGACGACUACGACACUGACAUACUGGUUCCUCUCAGCCAGAAGCCACAGGCCAGCAUUAAAGGUAAUCCCAGCAUCAGGCAUUAUGCAGUCCUCAACGACAAACGCUACAUUAUCACCAAGGACACAGCUGGCAAUGUUGCUGUGUGGGAUGUCCUCCAUGCCUGUAAAGUAGAAGACCUUGGUGCGGCUGACUUUGAGGCGGAAGUGAAGAAGCGGUUCAAGAUGGUCUUCGUUCCCAACUGGUUUUCAGUUGACCUCAAGAUGGGCAUGUUGUGCCUUCACCUGGACGACCCAGACUGCUUUACAGCCUGGGUUUCCACCAAGGAAGCUGGCUUGGGCCCUCCUGAAGGUCCUGAUCCCAAAAUCAACCUUGGAGCCCUUGUACUUCAGGCUUUACUCGAGCACUGGCCACCAUCUUACCUUCCUCCAGAUCGACCUGAGAACGGCACAGUUGUUGCUCCCACCAUGAAUGGUGGUGACAGGCAGAAGCCUGGCAACCUGUACUUCAGCAUGCCAGAUCACACGCCAGUGACUUUCAGUGAGGUCGGAGGCCGAACACUGCUCAGGUUCCUGGUGGGUGAUGCUGGACGUGAUGCGGAGGAGCUGCUGAUUAAUGAGACCAUUCCAUCCUGGGUGCAUGAUGUAGUGGUGUCUAAAAACGUGCCCCGGUUUCCCAAGAUCCCAUUUUCGCUGCUUCCACACAUUACGUCGGGUGUGAAACCACUUCGAAGCUCCGACUGCUACGCGUCGUUACCGAGGCCUCAAACUUCAGCACAUGCUCGGAGGGAGCGCCUGUCAGCGAGUGACAUGAUACAGGUGCGCAAGGUGAUUGAGCAUGUCUACGAGAAGAUUAUGGGAGCAGGAUCAGACUCAAGUUCGCAGACUCAAGACAGGAGUGGUGACUCCAACGGCACUACUGGUACCGCCACGGACGAUGAGCGAGCUUCUAUUGCUGAGGAGAAGGUUGAACUGCUGUGCCAAGACCAGGUGCUAGAUCCAUCUAUGGACCUGCGAACAGUUCGCCACUUCAUAUGGAAAAGCGGUGCAGACCUGGUGCUUCACUAUCGGCCGAUUAAGUGACACCGGCCAAUGGCGUGGAGCCUUCUCCUCCGCAAGAGCUGCCACCGUGCCGUCGGCACCAUGUUUCUGUGAUAGCCACCACUUCGCUUGGACCACAGGGCCCUAGUUGCCUCCUUCCUGUUUCGCCACCAUUUCUCUGCACACGGCCCCCUCCCGCUCAUUGGGAAGUGGUCGUAUGCUCCCCAGGUGCCCUACCACCCAUCGUCAUCGACGUCAUGCUUUCAUCUUCGCCUCCUGCUCCUACAACAGCCUGCUGCUGUGUUUUAUACAGAAACAGUGACAUUGCGCCUUUUUUCACUCUUUCUCGACACGUUGGCAUGACCAAGCCUGUACAUCAAAUGUGUGGCUUUGGCGUCUUACAGCCUUCAGAGAGAGUGGUAGAGAACUUUUACUGAAUGCAAGUACACUUUUGAGGAGCUCAUGCGCUGACGUCGGUAGCACUGAAAGCAAGUUUCUCAUUCAUUUUCUCAUCUUUGGCAGUAGGGAGCAACCUGCCUGGCCAUUUGUUUAGCCCAGCGUCCCUGUUUCUCAGUGUUCCUGCACACAAUGUGUGGCAUGUUCUGCACUGCUAGUCAUUCAUCGGUGGUAAAGAUGACAGAUCAGUCCAGCAGAACGUUGCCUUGGAGCUUUGAACCGAUACUUUAAUUUACGCCAGAGGAUUGCUAAGUGAGCUCUUUGUUUAACCAAGCAAAUUUUUAUGAAUAAGGAAUUGGGGUCUUUGUUCAGUUAUCUGUCUGAUAAAAUGUGCUUUGUAACAUGUUGAAACUACAGCAGCAAAGUUAAAUUUUAACAUGUCAUUUAAAAAGCAGUCCAUGGCUUUCUUUUAAUAUUAUGUAGCCUGCAAGUAAAAAAAAAAUUGUGCAAGCUGCCUUGAAUUUUUUCAGAACUGCAAACAAAUUUUAUAUGUUUUGUCACCUACCAAGAGCAGCAGUAGUGCAGACUUGUUUUAUUUGAAUGUUCUUUUAGCUUUAUGCAAUUGAUCACCAUUGCUGUUUCUGUAGCAUCUGUUUAGCAAUCAACCAUCAUUGUAAAUUCCACGCAGGCCCUACUGCCAAGGAUCUUUUGCAAGUAGUGUAAUUGCUGCAUUGCUGCUUGUCGGUGCUGUCUAACGCAUAUACAUUACUGCAGAAGUCUUAAGCUUUGAAAGCUGUUCUGUCAGUAGUCUGUGUGUAGCAUGGCUGACAGCAGUGCAGCACAAACAGGCCUAUCAGCAAAUGUUAACAUUGUGCUCGACCCAGAACUAGUUGUUACGUGUUGCAAACAUUUUUUUUUAGCUUUUGUACAAUACUGAAACUGCUGGUAACUCUUAAAGUACCCAACGCACCAUGGUCGAGCUACCACUUUGGAAAUAAAGAACUCUGCUGAAAGGCUAGCCUCAGCUUGCCGUGUUAACUUAAAUGGAAAGUUAGUAGAGGAUUGUUAUGCUGAAAGACAUGACCGAAUGGGACCAUUGUGAUAUGCAGUGUUCUUGGAUGUGAAUAGCCCAUGAUGAUAGCAAUAGGGGAACGCUGUUGUGUGCAAGAUGCUAUUUAUUUUCAUUGUAGUCUCUGACUUGUGAAAAGAAGAGAGUGCUAUUAUGUUGGUAAUGGGGCUUGAGAGGCAGUACACUAAUAUUUCUGUAAACUGUAUUUUAAUCAUAAGGCCACUUUCUGUGCAGCAUGAACUCGUACUGAUAGUUGAUGGCUGACCGCAACGUGCGAGCUGUUGGUGACUAGGCAGGCAAUGUGAAUAACAAGCAAAAGAUUCAUAUGGCACUGCACAAAGUGCAAUCACGCGAGUCUGAUGCAGUUCUGCAGGUUUUGUGUGCAAUGUAGAUAUUUUCAUUAUGGCAGUGAUCCCCAAAGCAGUUUGAAUUAUUAGUGCUUCCCUUAGUUUCUCGAUUUGCCUGAAAACAUUCAAGAUAUCUUCACAACUAUUAAUUGAAUUGCCAGAAACAGAGUAAUCGGCGUCAAAAUUAUUGACCAUCAUUGAGAAUAUUACAUGUUUGUACUGGUACUGUAUGUGAUUGCGUCACUUGUGGCAACCUUCCGUGCAAUGCAUUAUAGCACAUUUCUUUUUGCUGCCGAGGUUGGCCAUGUAUGUCCUAUUCAUUGAGGUGUGCAGCUCCUGAAAUGCAAUGCGCUUAAAUGUUGCCAUCUACAUAUGCAUGCUUUUGCAAUGUGUGCUGCACAGCUUUAUGAAAAAGCAGUGUUGUUCAAUAAUAAUUAAUUCUUGAGUGUUGCUCACUAAUAAGCCUUGGAGUCAUGUUGCAAGAAUGCUUGCCCUGCUUGUGUUUAGGACAGAGCGAAAGAGUUUAGUUCGUACGUUUGUGUAUUUAACGAAUGUGUCACCGACUGCCAAAUGUGCUAAAGGCAAAGGAUCGAUGCAAGUUCCGGUGCUAUCCUGUAGUCAUGCAACGAAAAAAAUUACAUAUGCAUACGUGGAAAAGGCACUACCAAUAAAAUGGCGACCGCAGUAACCUUACACAAGCAAAUUAAUUACUUCUCGGUUCAAUCUAAUUGAUGCGUUAUUGCAGUUGGUAAUUGUGUUCUUGGCUAGGACUAAUUAUAUUUUUCUGUUGCCGUUUAUACUUGUAGCCACGGAUUAUUAACGAAAAUAACUAGUAUGCAAAGGCAGUUUUAGAUUUGCUGCUAGCCGCCAUCCUGAAUGAACAGAUGAGGACACAAGAACACACACGGCAUUGCCCGCGUGCAUGUUUCUCUGACAAGUGUGGCAGGUUGGGUAAGUUGGUAAAUUUGCAUGGUUAUUGCAAAACAGCCCUCAAUAUGAAUUGAGCUCCUGUUAUGUCAACCUUUUCAUUGUCCUUGUCUUUUUUUGAGUGCUUUUUAGCAAUUGCAGUGUCUGCCUUUCGUCCUUGUCUGUUGUGCACUUGUGCCCUAGAAAUGUACACCUGACUUACACAACUUAGCUUCAACUCUUCCUAUUUCAAAUAAGUUCGCUUGUAUCACUUGCCUCUCGGUAAGCAGCAAUAACUGGCAGAUUUUUGUACUUCCUUUUAAAGUUUUUUGUCAGGGGAUUGAAAGGCAUGGAUGUAGAUUUGGUGCGCUUGUGUUCUUAAGUGCACUAUACGGCAUUUCAGAUAAAUUCAGUGUACGUGAGAAGUAAGCGUAGUGUGGCCUAUUAGUCUACCAAAUGCCGAUGUUGGAUUAGCUUCACAUGUGCAAAUUGGACACAUAUUUAAUGCCUUAGUGUCACACCAGCCACUAGACUUUAUGCAAAACUCAACAAGCAAACUUUUCCACGUGGCUGAAAUGCCACCGCUAAAGCAGUGGAUUUCGCACUUGAAAAAGUAAGCAAUGACUUGCUAGCCGAGAGCGAGAAUGGGAAAGCUACCACUCGGGUGGGUUUCAUGCCUUGCGUCCCCUUUGUUCUUGGGUACCAAAACUGCAGAGCUGUUAUUUCUGCUACGUAAAUACAAAUGCUUAUGAUAGGUGCAAAAAUAUUUUAGUCAUGCUUUAUUCUUGGUGUUGCGUCCUCGUGUCCCUGUUUUCUAAGCUUUUUUGUGCGUAACAAGCAGCUUGAGCUCCAUAAUUGUCCAUUAGCAUCCUUCAAGCUGCGUUUAAAAAGCUGCUUGUGCAGUUUUGCAUAUCUCCUCUUCAGGAGGAGUCUCCCAUUGUCGAGGCCGAAAGUUCACCAGAAAAAUACUGACCAUUUUGUUUGUUAGCAUGGAACUCGCCUCUGCACUCACUCGUUCGACUAGAGUGUGCACUUAACAAAUGCAAUGUGCUGCAUCAGUUAGAUAAUUAUAACAGUAUAAAUGAUAAGAAUGCCUCUCAACACAUUGGAAUGCCUUUGAGAAGGCAACACAAUAAGUGUCAUUAUUUAUUUGCCUCUGCAUGUUUGUUGAUGUAAACAGGGAAGUGUAAGUGGGGAGACUGCGAGGGCGUCAGUGCCUGCAUAGUUUGCUGCAUGUAGUUCAAGCCGUCUUGUGCACUGGUUCUGCUUUGCACAGUUGAAUUGUGUCCGACUCCGAGAUGCAGAGCUGCCAUAUGGCUGCUGAAAUCUCCGAUGGGGACGAACAUUAUGCUAAUUGCAGAUUUGUUGUAGCAGUACUUUUUAGGUGUUUGUUGUUUACUGCCAAAGUCACCUGUGGAAAUUUCGUGUACAGGUUUGAGUUUAGCUAGUUUUUUGACGUAAUACUUUCUGUGAGAGCAAUUUUUGCAGUAAACACACAGUGUCAGAGCAUGUAUAAAAGUUGAAUCUUCAGGGUGGCUUGAAAACUGCGUGCUUGACACAUGACUUGAGUGAUAUUUCAGACAUGAGUGGAAGCUGGAUCAUGCAACCUAUUUUAUAAUGUAUGCAUGGAAGCUAGAUGAUGCAGUGUGUACUGUAUGUGUAGAAACUGAAUUGUGCAAUGUGUGCUGUGUUACCCAAGCAUUUUGUCACAGCCGUUUUGUUAGCCCCGCAGUUUGUUUAUUAGCGCAUACGAACGUUGCUUCUUUAUUUUUUUCUGUACUGUGUGUGUAGAUUUUUCCUCUUAGUGCAGCCCAACUUUUGGAUUCAUUUAUAUAACUCCUGAAACACAGUUUUUCUCAUUUUUGUGCUGGAUGGACAAGUUAUGUUACUCAGUAUUUCUUGGUUCCAUUGUUAAUUAAUGGUAAAAUGAUGUCUGCCACUGUAAUAUUGUCCUGUGCUUGUAAUUCUGCAAACCCUGCAAAUGUGCAAGUGCAAUCUCUGGCCAUUGUGCUAUUCAGUCAUUCACCUCUAUGUACACCAGCAGCAUGAACAAGUAGGAUUGAGCAAAUAUUCUAAAUUUUUUAAUGACAGAUCAAAUACUGACCUAUUUGGCCCACUUUUAAAAUCGAAUAGUCAGUAUUCAUAAAUCCAAGUGUACAAUAGGUUUCAAAUAGGUCAGUUAUACAUACAGAGAAAAAGCAUAAGUUUUAUGCCUGCAGGCAUGAGAAGUUGCGCAAUAGAACAGGCUGUGUCACUCAGGGUGUCGCACUUUGCCGGCCUAAGUGCAACCAUUCACACAAUCCUGAAAGCUCCAAGUGUGCGAACAAGCUACACAUUGCUCCCUAAUGCUCUAUUUGUGCUUUUAAUGAGCAAUGCUUCGUAACAUGGAUUGUAAUGACUGUGUGCCAACAUUAUUAAUAUUAGAAUGCAAACAUUGUUUAAUGACUGUGAAAAUGGCCGUCAAUUAUUUGAACACCACUGAAAAUGCGUUUAAGUUUGAAUUGCUUGUGGUUUUAUUUCACCGAGAGCAUGACUUGUCCGCCAGCUGGGAAAUCCGACAUGCUGUUGUCACACACAUUCUUGAAUAUGAACGGCUGUCUGCACCUAUGCACAUAUCAAUUGCUAGCCAAGAAUCAUUGGUAUUGCAAUGCUGACAUUCUUGAUGAAGCAAUCUUGGAACUCUCUGGUUAAGUUGCAGCACCAUUCGCAGAUAAAGUGUGGUCGGUAAAGAGCUUCAGAGCACUGAAUUGGCUCGACUAAAAUAGAGCCUGUUGCAAGCUGUCAUCGCUGGUACCGUGUGUUUUCUGGCACUGCACUAUCAUUGACAGUGGUUUAUGCUCUCUGUGCAUGUACUAAUAGCGGUGAAUGGCAGGGUGGCACUAUGGCCGCAGACAUCUUUAGUUGCAGCUGCCGUGUUGCAGAGCUACACAUGUGACGUUAUCGAACAUGCGUGAGUGACAGUUGCCUGCACAAAGCAUGAAAUGUGGCAGACGGUUAUCUCACCAGAAGGGUGUUGUGCACGUGAAGAUCUAAUGUAAAAGGGAACAUCUAACAAUAUUGAAAUCGGUACUGCAAAAGCGUCAAUUGUUACUAAUGUGACUUGUACUUGUGUUCAGUAAUACGUGCGACACUUUACUGCGAGAAAAAGACUGAGAGCCAAACCAAGUGUUCCUUUUCAUAUCGGGCAACUGUGUACAUCCUUAUACGUGUGCCGUGACAUGCAUUUGCAGCAGCCAUACGAGGAAAAGAAAGUUCUGGCAAUUUACACGCAUGUGUAUUCAAGGGCAUGUCAAGGGUUUGGUCACAGCUUUAUCAUGUCAUGUUACUAGUCAAAGCGGGCGCAAAAUAAUGAGAACUGUGCUGUUCCAUGUUGACGGUGCGUUGUCGUCACUUCCAGCAGCACCUGUAUUUGCUUGGAAAUUAAAUAAGAUUUUUAGUUUUU